CUGACCGCGUUGCCACCGCGACCGGAGCGCCAUCCUCCGGCGGACGCUUCCGCUUCCGCCCAAAUCCCCGGUCGAGAGGCGCUUCCCGGCCCCUCCGGAGCUCCGCCGGGUGGAGAUGGCGCACCACGCCAAGUUCCUCGCCCGGACCGUGAUGGUCCCGGGCAAAGACGUGGAGCUGGCCUACCGCGUCCUCACCAGAGUCCUGACGGUGGACGGGAUCAUCGACCACGUGAAGCGCAAGCGCUACUUCGAGAAGCCUUGCCAGAAGAGGCGGCGGGAGGCCUACGAAGCCUGCCGGAGGAUCUAUAACUCGGAGAUGGGCAAAAAGAUCAACUUCCUCAUGAGGAAAAACCGCGCGGACCCUUGGCUCGGCUGCUGAGCGGACCCUCCUCGCUCGCUCCCUUCUUUCUCCCAAAGGCUCUCAAUAAAGUCCGUGUUGUGAAGCCCC